ACAAACGGCAAGACUCACGGGCAACCUGUGCGCGCAUCAAUAAUAUUCUUGGCGCCGCUCGCCAUAAGAAGCCAACCGCGCCACACUGCCCCCUACCCUACACCCCCUACUGUCUGCUGCUGUUCCUGCACCCUGAUCCAGUGCUAGCAUCGCAUCGCAUCACGCCAUCACCAUGGGCCUCUGCCUGUCCGUGGCUCUCUGGAAGGAGAAGCUCUACGGCGCCGACGGCGGCAGCAGCCGGUCGGUGCGGGGCCGCGUCGUCGUCCAUAAGGUUGCCGGCGUGGAGGGUGGUGACUGCGAGUACGGGAUCUUGGGAGGCGACGACGCCGACGCGGUGGGGGUAGAGCAGAAGGCGGCGCCGGCCAUGGGCGUGGGGAGUGGUGGAGUGGACGGCGCUGCCGCUGCCCUGUCCGGCGGCACUCCGCUGCGGCCGAUAUGGCAGAGGAGGGUGCUGAUGGGCGUCAAGUGCCAGCUGCCGCGGUUCAGCGGGAUGAUACUGUACGACGAGAGCGGCCGGCCGGUGUGCAGUGGCAUCCGGGACAGAUCUCGUGACCAGGAGAAGCAUGCUGCGGCGAUCUCAGUGCUAAGGGACCUGCUCUAGUCUUCGUCAUCAGCAAGCGAUGGCAAUUCUGUCGAUGCGAUAUUCAUGUUUGGUUAUAUGUACGUCAUUGUUGAUGGGCUGCAUGUUUAUGUGUGAACUAAGCAGCUUGAUAAUAAAAUCUUUUAUGUA